CGCACCGGAUACACACUCGAAAACCUAGUAUCUCCCGCUCCGCGCGCCGGAACUACUUCUCUGCACAUUUUUCGUCUUCCUUCGUGUUCUCUCUAACAGAGCAUUUGCUUUCUUCAUUUCCCUGUUUCCUUCCCGGCUGCCCGCCUUUCAUCUCUAUCCGACCCGCCUUCUCUCCGAGCAUCUUCUACCGGAAGUCUCUGCCGAGAUUUUCUUCGUCAAUGGCGAUUCCAUCUUCUUCUGCCGGAUGCUUCCGAUCAUCGUCUCUCUCCAACGACGCCGUUUCCCACAGCCAAUCCGGCGCCGUUUCAUUCAAAGCUAAGAUCUUCUGUCGCCAUAUGCCGUCAGCCAAUCUCAGAAUUCUCAAGCUAUCAGUCUCCUCGUCUCACUGGCACUGUCACUCCUUCGCUGGCUCUUCGUCCUCGAUUUCUCGCCGUGCAAUCAAGUGUCUGAACUCAGAUUCCGAGGUUAAUCCGAUCAAAGAGUUGUUAGAUUACGAAGUCGUCCGGCCCGACGGUGGCGGCGGCGAUGAUGGGCCUGGAGGGAAUGGAGGAUUACCCCGUGGCGGCGGCGGUGGAGAUGAGGGCGGUGAUAACGGCGAGGAGGAGGAGGAGUUUGGGCCGAUUAUGAAAUUCGUAGACGUGAUUAGAGAAACGGAGGCGCGUGGAGCCAAGCUUCCAGCCGAUAUGUUGGAAGCUGCCGAGACCACCGGAAUCCGAGCCAAAUUUCUGCAUCGGUACCUGGAAUUGCAGGAAGCCGGAUGGCCGCUAGGGUUCUUGAUGAACCACUGCUCGAUGCUGCGUAAUCGGAUGAUGGCUGAUCCCGAUUUCCUAUUCAAAGUUGGAACGGAGGUAGUAAUUGAUUCAUGUUGUGCAACAUUUGCCGAAGUUCAGAAAAGGGGGAAAGAUUUCUGGUCAGAGUUUGAGUUGUAUGCAGCUGAUCUUUUGGUUGGCAUUGUUGUUGAUGUUGCUCUGGUUGGUAUGCUAGCACCUUAUGCUCGAAUCGGGAAGCCCUCCGUCUACAAAGCCGGAUUAUUCGGUAACAUACAGCAAGCUUGUGCUGCUCUUCCCAGCAGUGUAUUUGAGGCUGAAAGGCCCGGGUGCAGAUUCAGUGUGAAGCAGCGAGUGGCCACGUACUUCUAUAAGGGUUUAUUGUAUGGCUCAGUUGGAUUUGGAUGCGGACUGAUUGGUCAGGGCAUUGCAAAUAUGAUCAUGAAUGCUAAGAGGAGUAUGAAGAAGUCUGAAGAGGACAUUCCCAUACCACCUCUAGUCGAAAGUGCCAUCCUUUGGGGUGUGUUUCUCGGCGUAUCUUCCAACACGCGGUACCAAGUCAUCAACGGUCUGGAACGAGUGGUCGAAGCAUCGCCACUGGCGAGGCAACUCCCUCCUCUCUCCAAGGCCUUCACUGUUGGUGUUCGAUUCGCCAACAACAUCUAUGGCGGGAUGCAGUUUGUCGACUGGGCAAAGUUGAGCGGGGUUCAGUAAAUUGCUAGAAAACAUCACUUCCACCUCACCUUCUCAGUCGUUGUUUUUUUGGCCGAGUGUGGGAAGAUUGUGAGAUUUGGAUGGAGCAGUUUAGAUGAGUCCAGCUGUUGUGUAAUCUGUCGUCAACAUUUUGUUUUAUGAUGCGCUGAACAGAAUGGAGAACUGUAUUAGUAGGUGAACAGCCUGUCCUCUGUGCUUUUGCUCUCUCUUCUGGUAUUUGUCAGCACUCGGGUUAACGUACGAUUUAAGAUUUGAUUAGUAGUUGAUGACGAGACAAAUUCUAUGUGGGUUUUUAAAGGCCUCAUGAAUAGCCUGCUAAAUUACAUAUCAUUGGAAAGUGCAUUAACAUAAAAACGACCGUAAAAAAGCGGUAAUAUGUAAAUUGUCUUAUACUCUUUGAAGAAAAGAAAUAUUUGAUCUUACUACUCUAAAUACACCGGAGAAGAUAAAAAAAAAAAAAAAAAAAUUUAGCCCUUCAUCUUCAAAUAAAAUCUGAUAAGAGGUCAUGGUUUUCACUUUUCAUAACUGAAAACCUCAUAAAAUGACCCUUCAAGGUCGCAAUCUUGUUUGCAACUUAUUUCUCGCGAUUACAUGUUCCACUGAUUCACUCUUAGUAUUGAGACACACUGAUUACAUUUGUGAUGCCUAAACGGCCAUACUUUUCACUCGAUUUUGUUUUUUUCUACUUGAAAGUUUGUCUUAUUCAUGUCCUUUUAAGGACGAUGUUGUAGUUGAACAUGUUGCCAUUUGCCAAUUAGGGUCAUAAAUCAUAAUUCAUCUUCAAAUUUACAUACGAUUAAUAGCACACACGCUAUUUUGACUUAUUAGAUAUUGUAUAACACUUAAAUAAAUAUAUAUUCGUGUAACAUGCCACUGAAACGAUAUAUUGUUUCUUCUAAAACGUAUGGUGAAAUAAAUUAAGUGGUAAAAGUUACAACAACCAAAAUUUGAAUAUCAAACUACAAACCAUCCUAAACAUGGCUUGCAAGAGCAGUCUUUGGAUAUUUGAAUCACUACUCGUCGCCCUAAAAUUCGAUUUGUGUCGCCCUAAAAUGCAUUAAAUUGACACUUUUAACCUCUGAGCCCGAUUUCUAACAAAACCCUAAACAAACAAUCCAUUUCUCUGGCCAGCUGCCGCCAAACUCCUCUGUCUUGCGGUCGCUAAUGCCGCUGUCGGAUUCUUCUCGCCGGCAGUUGUCCACCUAAACCCUACCACCAUCGAUGCUCGGCUUAUACUGUCAGAGUCGAUACCAAGUAGGAGGAAGAAGGCGAAGAAAAAGAAGGUCGACGAAGCGGCGGAGGAAAUUGGGAGAUGUUGAUUUCUAUGUUCGAGAAUUGCACAGGGUCUCUACCAAAAACAAUUGCACAGUCACAUGGAAGGUGGCGGCGAAGCGGCGGAGGAAAUUGGCAUACGUUGUUUUUUUUUUAAAAUUCUUUUGUAUUUGUAUAAUUUUUUAAUGGUUACAUUUGUUGUAGUUGUAACUUGUAAAUCAUUAAUCUUUUUAUAUUUUAUUUUGUUAUUGAGGGAUGUAUAGUUGUAUGUGUUAGGAACAAACCGUCGCAGCACUAAUAUAUGGACAGUUGGUCAUUCAAAUUAUCUAAAAUUAAAUUAAGGAUAUUUAU